AUGGGUCCUCGCGUGUCGACGUUUGCGUUGCUGGUGCUGCUGCUGGUGGCGGCUGGUGGCGCUCACCACAGGUCAAGCCACGCCACGAGGCACGGCGGUCGAGUCAGAGCGGCCCACAGGGCCGGCAAGGCGUCCCCAGUGGCGAGGAGCAAGGGCGCUUCCGAGGAGCCGCUGCUGGUCACCAUCAAGGCCGCCAAAGAGCUCGAAUUCGACUUUGGAGACGAUGGGACAUUGGAGAAAGAACUGAUAGCCACCGGGUGUUACGACCCUAAAACGGUCGUUGGAUACGACGUAACACUGGACGAUCACCAGCGUAACCGCAUAUUCGUGACGACGCCUCUUGUCCGCCGUGGCAUCCCGGUGACGCUGAGCACCAUUCCCUAUGACGGAGAGCAUUGUCCGCGCCUGAAGCCCUACCCCAGCCUGGAAAUCCACCGCACCACGGAGGACUCCAUCACCGACUGCAACACCCAGCUGGUGGACGUCAUCAGAACGACGAAAACAUGGGCUGAUGAUGAUACGCUAUACGCCCUCGACAACGGUGCUUUGGACCUGAUAACGAGUACCAAAAAUGUGUGUCCACCCAAAAUUGUCAUCUUCAACCUGCGGACUGAUGAGGUCACCAACUCCAUAGUAAUCCAGAACGCAGUCUGCAACUCAUUUUACUCCUAUUUGUGGGUGGACGCGUGCCCUGAUGGUUGCCUGACGGCCUACAGCUCCGACACCAGAGGCAACGUACUGUCGGUGACGGACCUCACCACUGGAGCCUCCAAACACCUGCAGAGCCAGUACUUCCACCCCAAGCCCGGCUUCUUCUUCACGAAGGCGGGAGGUCCAGCCUACUAUCUACCAGACGGAAUCGAUGGAGUGACCGCCGAUGAGAGCUGCGAUGGGAAACUCUACUUCCAGGCGUUCGCCAGCAACAUCCAGGGCGUUGUCGACAAGCAGGUCAUCCGAGAUGCAUGCGACGGGGAUGUUUUGGACAUCAAGACGCAGGUUAAUCUGCCGGGGGAAAUAUCAGGGCAGAGCGGAGCAAUAGCGGUGGAUCCAAAAGGACAGUUGCUAUUCUUCCCCGUUCUAGAUGAACUGGCUAUCUACUGUUGGGAUACGAGCAAGCCUCACGACCCAAAGAACUUUCGCUUGAUCGUUCAAAAUGAUGAACAUCUACAGUACGAGAUGAGGCCUCACGCGUCGACGUUUGCAAUGCUGGUGGUGCUGCCGGUCGUGGAUGGUGACGCUGACCACAAGUCAAACCACGUCCUGAGGCACGGUGGUCAUGUCAGAGCUGCUCACUGGACCGGCAAGACGUCCCCAGUGACGAGGGGUAAGAGCGCUUGCGAAGAGCCGCUGCUGGUCACUAUCAAGGCCACCAAAUGGAUCGAGUUCGACUUCGGAGACGAUGGAACGCUGGAGAAGGAAAUGAUAGCCAAAGGACUCUACGAUCCUAGAAUGGUCGGCGAGUAUGACUUGACAAUGGACAAUCACCAGCGUAACCACAUAUUUGUGACGACGCCUCUUGCCCGUCGUGGCAUACCGGUGACGCUGAGCACCAUCCCCUAUGACGGAGAGCAGAGUCCGCGCCUGAAGCCCUACCCCAGCCUGGAAAUCCACCGCACCACGGAGGACUCCAUCACCGACUGCAACACCCAGCUGGUGGACGUCAUCAGAAUAACUGUGAGUCUCCUGUGGCAUGUACAUUCGUACACCGCACGCAAACAGUCUCUGUGCUGA